AUGCGUUUUCGUUUACCUCAAAUUCAAAGGGCCACUUCAUUUUUAAGAAACCUUGCAUCCUCAAAAGGAGUUGAUGUGCUAAGGGGCUAUCUUGCAGUCUAUGUUGGAGAGAACAUGAAGAGGUUUGUGAUUCCCAUCUCAUACUUGAACCAACCUGCAUUUCAAGAUUUGCUGAGUCAAGCUGAGGAAGAAUUUGGUUUUGAUCAUCUAACGGGUGGCCUAAUAAUACCUUGCACUAAGGAUGCCUUUGAGAAUAUAACUACAUGUUUGAACGGUUCAAGGCCAGUGAUAAUGGGCAUUCGUCUUCCUUCCAUGGUGCUUGGAGCAAAGCAAAUACUCAAGUCACAGCAUCUUCAUAGCAGAAACCAGUCCAAUGUUCCCAAGGGGCAUAUAGCAGUUUAUGUUGGAGAGUUUCAAAAGAAGAGAUUUGUAGUUCCAAUAUCAUACUUGAACCAUCCUUCAUUUCUUGAUCUGUUAAAUAGAGCUGAGGAAGAGUUUGGCUUCAACCAUCCAAUGGGUGGCCUCACAAUACCUUGCAAAGAAGAUGCAUUCAUCAAUCUUACCUCUCAACUCCGAGCUUCGUGAAAGAUCAGCAUUUUCAUUUUCAUUUUUUUUUUCCCAAGUUUUGAUGACCGAAUCAAUUCCCCUUUUCUUCCCUCAAUGGGUUUUUCUUCUAUCUUCGGGCUUGUCACAGAUAGAAUAUGUUAUUUAUUGUACAAAUUCCCUUUUUUUUCUUUUGUUUUUUGAUUGAAUCUAUAAGCAACAUCUCCGUCGACAAAAUGUAACUUCUACCUCCCUAAUUACAUAUU